AUGGUGACCCCACAACGCAGCUCACAGUCGCCGUAUAACGUGGAUAUGGCGACAUUUUUAAAUUGCAACAGAGACUACGUGGAUAUCACGCAGUGCCCGAAGCUUUCUACUAACGCAGCAGCGGAGCGGCUGCCUUCGAAUGUGUUGGUGAACAUUACCCAGGACCUGGAUGACGAGUUUGGCUCUUUGGAGAACAUAUUCUCCGCUGCGAGUAUGGAUCUGGGUCUCUCUGAUAAUGAGGAAGGCACUGAAGGCUUGCCACAUCAAGAACGAGCUGGGGUGUUCGUGUAUAAGUUCAUUAAUACGUGCGAUUCGGACUAUGAACGAAGUAGACGCGUACUCUUCAUUGUUUUGUUGGUGCCAGCAAUUCCGCUUGUCGGGUGGCAGCGCGAGUUCAUACAGCUUCUUGGGCUUCGUGACGAAUUCGAUCUACUUUAG